GAUAUAUUAGACACACAUCCUUCUUUAUAUAAGAACCAUUUGAUAUUAACCCUAAACCUCGUUCUUCUUCAGCCGCAACGCAACUCACACCUUCUCUAGGGUUUUUAAUUCCUCCAAAUUCUUUGCCCAACAUGGUUCUUCAAAAUGAUAUUGAUUUGCUGAAUCCUCCCGCUGAGAUUGAGAAGAGGAAACACAAACUCAAGCGUCUUGUUCAGUCCCCAAACUCUUUCUUCAUGGAUGUUAAGUGUCAGGGUUGCUUUAACAUAACGACUGUGUUUAGCCACUCUCAGACUGUUGUUGUAUGUGGGAACUGCCAGACUGUCUUGUGCCAGCCAACUGGUGGACGGGCAAGACUAACUGAGGGAUGCUCUUUUAGAAAGAAGGGUGAUUGAAAGCUGUUAUCUUUUUUCUUGUUUGAGUGGAGAGUUUCAGAAAUGCAUUCUCAUGUUUUGGUUAUGAUAUCUUAAUUGUUAGAAUGGAUGACAGUAAGAACCACUUAAUUUUGCAAUUCUCAUGUCCUCCGGUUUUGUUCAUCUGGCUAUGUUAGAUGCGUAUUUUUCAAUUAGAGUUUGAAUUAUUGAAUAUCUAGGUGUAUUUCUUUUCACUAUGUGGUAGAUGUUCUCUGUGAUACAUGUCUGAUAUGUGUUUUAAGUUCCUUCCUUCAUUUGAA